GAACGAUGCACCAUGCGAGGUGCUAGGGAUAUAGAAACGCAAACUUUAUUUCUGUAGGAGCCUGGGAUCUACCUAGGUUCCUGUGAAUUCUUAGAAUGAUGGUAACACCCUGGACAAACAAUAGGACAUUUAUUGCCCGUAUGUCACAGAUGCAAAGAGCUCCAUUUUCAUUGGGAAAUACAUGCACAGCAUUGAAGGGACCCACCCGCAGAGACAGUCGGUGCAAACGGGAGUAGGAACCAAAGGCUGUGGAUGGCUCACGCCUGUGUCUUCUGGUCUUGGUUUCCUAACUCUUCUGCUGUUACGACUAAGCUGCAUUCUCUCUCUUUAUUCCCACUCGUUAUCCCCUUUGGUUUCUUUUAUUUCCUUUCUUAAUUUGAACCUUGUUUUCUAGGCCAGAGAUUUGACCAUUCUUAAGCCGCUGAGAAGUCAGUUAGUUGACUUCUCAUUCAAAUGAAUAGAAAGUAACACGUGUCUGCACAGUAUAUUUCUGACAGAUGGUAUGAUUAUGUGUUUUUUUAAAAAUUGAGAUCGAUGACAUACCACAAAAUCCACCUUUCCAAAGUCUACUAUUCAGUGGUUUUUAGUAUAGUCACACAGUGUCACAGCCAUCAUCACUAGUUCCGGAACAUGUCAUAAUGCCCCAAAGAACCCCUGUACCCUUCAGCAGUCAUUCCCCAUCCUCACCUCUGUUUCUGUCUCUUUGGGUUCACCUGUUCUGGGCAUUUGAUGUGAAUGGACUCGUACAGUAUGUGGCCUUUGUGUGUGGAUUCAUUCCACUCAGCGGAAUGUUUUCAAGAUGGUCCCCAUCCCAGCCGGCGUGUUUACCAUGGGCACGGAUGACCCUCAGAUAAAGCAAGACGGGGAGGCGCCCGCGAGGACGGUCACCAUCGAUGCCUUUUACAUGGACGCCUAUGAAGUCAGCAACGCUGAAUUUGAGAAGUUCGUGAACUCGACUGGCUAUUUGACCGAGGCUGAGAAGUUUGGUGACUCCUUCGUCUUCGAAGGCAUGUUGAGUGAGCAGGUGAAGACUGGUAUCCAACAGGCAGUCGCAGCUGCUCCCUGGUGGUUACCUGUGAAAGGCGCGGACUGGAGGCACCCGGAAGGGCCCGGCUCGACUCUGCUGCACAGCGGCGCUCUCGCUCUCCCCAGGCAAGACCACCCGGUUCUCCACGUCUCCUGGCACGACGCCGUGGCCUACUGUGCGUGGGCCGGAAAGCGCUUGCCCACGGAGGCUGAGUGGGAGUACAGCUGUCGAGGAGGCCUGCAGAACAGACUCUUCCCCUGGGGCAACAAGCUGCAGCCGAGAGGCCAGCACUAUGCCAACCUUUGGCAGGGCGAGUUUCCUGUGACCAACACGGGCGAGGACGGCUUCCGCGGCACCGCGCCUGUUGACGCCUUUCCUCCCAACGGUUAUGGCUUAUAUAACAUAGUCGGGAACGCGUGGGAGUGGACUUCAGACUGGUGGUCCGCUCACCAUUCUGCUGAAGAAACGCUUAACCCAAAAGGCCCCCCUUCUGGGAAAGACCGCGUGAAGAAAGGUGGCUCCUAUAUGUGCCACAAGUCCUAUUGCUACAGAUAUCGCUGUGCUGCCCGAAGCCAGAACACCCCCGACAGCUCCGCUUCGAACCUGGGGUUCCGCUGCGCUGCUGAUCACCUGCCCAGCAUGGCCUAAGAGCCUAGAAGAAGAAGUCGUGUCUGACCUGCGCUGGUCUCCCCUCAGGACGACGACAAAGAGUUCCCGCCCCAAGGUGGGCUCAUACCUGCCCAGUGGCCAGAGGAACCCCUUGGGAGACCAAGUUGCCGAGCUGUGUCAGCAUUCGCGCUUUAUCUGGGGUGCAUUUCUGUAGCUCAUCGCCAUGUGUUACUUUGCAGAGCCUUUUCCAAGUGGAUGGGGGUGGAGGGGAGCCUGAGCUAGGCUUUAGGAGGCACGCUCUUCCCCGACUCUGCCCCUGGGGGUCUACCCCAGGGUCCCCCACUGACCUCUCUCCAGGACCCCUGAGGCUCUCUGCAACUCAAAUUCUAUGACUAGCUGAGAUUCUAUUGUGACUUCAUAGUGAGAAUUUAUGACAGAUUAUUUUUGAGCUAUUUUUUUCCAUGUGUGAACCUUGGGUGACACUAAUCAUGUAAAAUAAAGAGUUCUCUGAUGUGUUAUUUCCAGAAAAGGUUGGGGGGUGGUGGUGACAAUGCUUUAUAUUCAUACUGCACUUUGUUUUUUCAAGGAAAUGAGUGUCUGUUACAUUGUUGUGAUGAAUCCCCCGUGGGUCAGUGACUGUGAGCUCAAGUUCAGCUCUCUGAACACGCAGGGAUGUUGGUGGGGUGGUUCUACUGUGCUUUAUAUUUUAAUAUUAAGUGCCUUUGGUUCAGGGGGGCAGUUAUAAGCCCUAUUUCCCCUUCUCCCCUAAGCCUUUGGGGAUGUGAAAUGGUGGUACGUGGAGCAAUCAGAUGUAGGAGAGAAGGAAUGAGAGCCUUGAACGAAGUGCGCGCAGGGUGUCUGGUGCUUUGUAACAGGGAAGCAGGAAAUCGAGUUGGCGUGGGCUAUCGGGCGCUUUGAAUCAUGCACUGUGUUGAAUAAACUGGUACCUGCUACGUCAGCCUU